GAAAGCCGUAGGAACGACAGAAAGAGAAGGUUUCUCCUCGGUGGUGUUUCUCUGUUGCACACAUUUGGAAAGUGCUGCGCCUGGAUUACUCUUCAAAUCUAUCAGUACAGCAGUCUGCUGUGAUGGCCAAGCUGCAGGGCUUUGAGUUCUGGAGGAAGAACCUGAAGGAAGCCCGCUAUGUGGUGGCCCCCAUGGUGGACCAGAGCGAGCUGGCGUGGCGGCUGCUGAGUCGCAGGCACGGCGCUCAUCUCUGCUACACCCCCAUGCUGCACGCUCAGGUGUUUGUUAGGGACGCCAACUACAGGAGAGAAAACCUCUACAACGAAGUGUGUGAGGAGGACAGACCGCUCAUCACACAGUUUUGUGCCAAUGAUCCAGAGGUGUUUGUUCAGGCGGCUCUGCUGGCCCAGGACUACUGCGACGCCAUCGACCUGAACAUCGGUUGCCCGCAGAUGAUCGCAAAGAGAGGGCAGUAUGGAGCUUUCCUACAAGACAAGUGGGAGCUGCUAGAGAAGAUGGUCAGGUUAGCCAAUGAGAAGCUCUCGGUGCCCAUCACCUGCAAGAUCCGUGUUUUCGAGGAGAUGGAGAAGACGGUCCGCUACGCCCAGAUGCUGGAGAGAGCUGGCUGUCAGCUGCUGACAGUUCACGGCAGAACCAAAGAGCAGAAAGGAGCCAUGACGGGGAUCGCUAACUGGGAGCACAUCAGGGCAGUACGCAAGGCGGUAAAUAUUCCAGUGUUUGCAAAUGGCAACAUUCAUCACCUGAGUGACGUGGAGCGCUGCAUUCAGGAGACGGGAGUGCAGGGAGUCAUGAGUGCAGAGGGGAACCUCCACAACCCGGCGCUGUUUGAAGGCCGCAGCCCUCCGGUGUGGGAGAUGGCUGAGGAGUAUCUGGAGGUGGUGGAGCUGCACCCCCCCUGCACUCUGUCCUACGUACGAGCCCACCUCUUCAAGCUCUGGCACCACACGCUUCAGAUCCACCAGGACCUCCGAGAGGACUUGGCCAAAGUGAAGACCCUGGAGGCUUUGGCCGAUGUCAGCAAACAGCUGAAGCUGCGCUGCCAGGAGGAGAUAGCCAAUGGAAAAGGAGGGGAGGAGGAGAAGAAGAGCAGUCUGCCCUUCCCCCACUGGAUCUGCCAGCCAUACAUCAGACCAGUACCCAAGGAGCCGGAACCUUACGGGAACAAGCGGGGUCCAGAGGUGAUGAAGGUGAUGUGUCAGAAGAGAGCGCUGGAGGACUCGGAAGGAGCAGCUGACCAGAUCUCCAAAAACAAGCUGAAGAAGAAAUCCCGAAACCCAAACAAGAACUUCUGUCCUGAACAGAAACCCAAGUACGUCAAGUGUGAGCAGUGUGGGAACCCUAAGGGGAAUAAAUGUGUGUUCAACCUGUGUCGAGCCUGCUGCAAGAAGAAGGCCUACAAGGAGGUGGCAGACUGUCCAAGCCACGGGCUGAGGUUCAAGACCAAGGCCGAGAAACAGAAAGCUGAGGAGAACGGGGAGGAGAGGAUAGAGGAGACGAGGAAAGAGGAGACCAGGGAGAACACAAACCAGGAUACGAGGGAGGAGACAAAGGAAGAAAGGGUGAAUGGCAGUGCCACAGAAAGAGAGAUCAGCUGCAGCUCCUCUCCUCAGCCUCCCACACAGCUUCAGGUUCAGCCACUAUGAACAAGACUCUACAUCUCUACAUGCACACUGCGCUGUCCCCUGUCGGACCCGCCUGCUGAGACUAAGACAGAUAAGGUCGUUUCUCUGAUCAGACAAGCCAUUUGGUCAGAUAUUUUGAUGUGGAAGAGGUUGACCAACAUUUGGUCUCAUCAGAGUCCAGGUGUUCUCCUGAGUAAGCCUCUCAUGUGAGCUGUGCUGGGGGGUGGUUGGUGUGUGCAUGUAGAGACGACCUCAACAGGAAGAGACUGAUCCGCCUCCAAAAGAUUUAUGCGAUGGGGUUUUCUUUCUUUUCUUCUUUUUUUUUUGUUGCUGUGACAUUUUUAAGUGAAAUAUUUUAAGAGCAGACUUUCUGAGUUGUUUAAGCCAAAGUUAAGGGUCUCUUAUUUCUUCAUUGGAUUCAUUGAUGAACAUAAAGGAUUUCCUGUUGUGCAUUGACUUAUGUUUGAAACUUUGGAUGAGAUGCUCCUCUAACAUGUCACUGUUUAGCAGAGUAGUCUGUUUGCUAGCUCAUAGAGUCCUCUUGUGAACCCAAAAAUGUUGAGUACUCCAAAGUUCUAUGUUAGAAAUGUACAGUACGGUCCCCAGCACAUAGAAACUGCCGGAUGCUAACUUGCAUAUGUUGGGCAAUUUGAACAAUCAGCAUAAGUUGCAUUAAUUAGCAUUAUAGCCUCUAAUCAAUAGUUUGAAUGGCGAUUGGAAAACUAAGGAGUGGUUUUUGCGGGUUAUUGAGCAUUUAGAAAACAUUUCUCACAUUUUCAGGUUGAACAAUUGCAGUUUUUCCACCAUAUUUAUACUCUCCUGGACGGAUUUUGAGUAAAGUUGCAACCAUUUGAUAUAGACAGCACACAAUUCAAACAAUUACCUCUACUGUGGGAAAUUAUUUUCAAAUAGAUAAGCAAUCUCUCCAAUCCAAAUGAUCCAGAGUCCAUUCAAAAUUCAUCCAAAUCAAACCACAGGGAGUACAAAUAUGGCCACUUUCUGUUUAAAACUGCCAUUUUUGUCCUGAAAAUUUCAGAAAUUGAUUCAUCCUCAAUUACCUCCAAAACUAUCCAAAUUGGCCAAUUUGACUAUUGUUUACAUAGGCUAUAAUGCUAAUUAACACUAAUUAAUUAGCAUUGCCCGACAUAUGCAAGUUAGCAUCCAGCAGUCUCUAUGUGCUGGGGACCCGUACUAUACAUUUCUAACAUAAAACUCUGGGAUACUCAACAUUUCCAGGUUAACACUGCUGGCAAGUAGCCUAUAGCCGAAACAGCUAGGCUAGCUUAUUCCAGGGACCACAGUCCUGAUGCUAAACCAGGUCAGCAUCCUCCCUACUGAAGGCACAGACAGGUCAUGCUAUCUGACUUAAAGCCCCUGAAAACUAAUUCAUCAGAACUGUGAGAUGUCUGACAUAAAGGUCAAAGAUUGUUAGGUAUUAUUUAUUACUGAGUGAACACUCCUCACUGCCUCGUCAGGACUGUGUGAUUUGAUGUUGAUGCUGAUUGGUGCUCAGAACAGAAGACAGGAAGUGUUUCAAGGGCUUUUAAGGUAAGAGAUCAAAUAAGUGUGUCCUUUUAUCAAUAAACCAUUUUAAAGCCGUAA